GCUGUUUUCAAUUUUCUUUUUUUCCUCAAUGGAGUUCAAAAACUCGACCAAUUUUUUAGGUUCAAGUAACUCAAUGGUUGUAUUCUUUCUUUCUUUUUUUGUGCAAUUGUUCAUUAAUAAUGAUAACGUAUUUAACGAGUAAAGGCUCUUUGCUUGUCAUAAUACUUAUCUCUUAUUUCUUGUUUAAAUACCAAACAAGUAACAUAGCCAAAAGAACUUUCUUUCCUUUCAACCAAACUUUCUCUACUCGAUCAGCUUUCCCGAAAUCAACCUUGUUCAACUUUACUCCACCAUCUCCCAUAGAUCCUCACGAAAAGUACUUGACAUUCUUCACACAUAGUGGCUUUCAAAAUCAAUUGAUACAAGUUGAAAAUGGUAUUUUGUUAGCUUGGUAUCUUAAUCGUACACUGAUAUUACCUAAAGCCAUCUUGGGUGAAGCCUUUGGUUGGAAUCAAUUCGAGAAAUUACAAUUACAUCAUACUGUACGAGACAAGAACAAUCACUACUGUAAACAAUUCAAAGACAAAAAAUCCAAAAAAAAAGCAUCUUGUCCUGAUCCUUUUAAAUAUGCACUUGCCUCAUUUGAUGAAUUGAUCGAUUUAAGUUGGGCAAAGCAGCACGUUAAAAUUGUCCAAAGAGAAAAAAGCGAUUUUCUUUGGCUUCAACAACAAUUUGACAUCAAGAAAAGUCCCUUUUUAUUAGACGAACAAACGACUGGCACGUAUGUUGAUGGGGACAUUUUAUUCUUUAAAGACAAAACAAGAUAUGAUUGGCGUAUUUACGAUGUACCUGUCAAACAUAGAUUUCUAGGUCGCUAUGUCGAUAGCUUAGAUGCGACCCAGUUACGAAACCAUACAGAACGAUUGAUUCAUUUUACCAGUCUGUUUGGCACGGGCAAGUUUCCUAUCAAGAAACCCGAGAAUCAAGCCUUUUUCAAGGCACUGCAAAAAAGCAUGGUCUAUAAACAUCCAGCUGUCUUGAAAAUUGCAGACAUUGUGAUUGAUGCACUCGGUGGACCGGGAAACUUUGUGGGUGCUCAUCUUCGUACAGCGGAUGGACUCUUUGUCAAAGCCAUUCCUGAAAACAUUCAACAUUUGAUCGAUCGCAUUCCAGUUCCUAACAGCGAAAGGCAUGCGUUGUUUUCGCUCGAUACUUGUGUUGAAAUGGUAAAGGCAAAUCAGACAGCGUUGGUCUUUUUAGCAACAGAUGCAGUCCAGCCUAGAAAAGAUAAACGGUUUCGAGAUUUAUGGCAUCAUUUACCUUGUACUUUUACGCUUGACGAUAUACUUUCCAAAGACCAUCCUAGUUGGCGUCAUAUGGACCAAUACCGUGUAUCGCAUACAGGUCAAAGUAUGAGGAAAUACUUGAUUCCUUUAGUAGACGCACUCGUUGCAAGUCAAGGAACCUCGUUUGUAGGCACAAGAGGAUCUACUUUUUCUGGUUAUAUUAAGCGGUUACAUCAAAACCUAUUAGAAUGAGAGCUGGUUUCUACAUAUCUAGAUGUAAAUAAACAUGUAUAUAUAUAU